UUUAUAUUGCUAACUUUUACUAUUUCUAUUUUACUCGAUAUAAUCCUCUACCAGGACCAUUUCCUCUUCCAUUAAUUGGUAACAUUUAUAUGUAUUAUGGAGACUUAGAUACUUUAUUCUUCAAUCUUCAGAAAAAAUAUGGUGGGCUUUACGAAGUAUAUAAUGGUCCAGAGCGUAUAAUCUGGAUAGGUGAUGCAAAACUUAUCAAAAAGAUACAUAUUCCAUCAACGAAAACAAACUUUUCAUUUCGAUCUAGAAAACCAUGGGUCGAUGAGAUCGGAAUCAAAACAAUUGGAAAAGGAAUUUUCUUUAAUCGUAAUUUAGACUCUUGGAAAUAUAAUAGAAGGAUUUUAUCUCAAGCUGUUGCUUUGCCUUCAUUCUUAAGACAAUUUUUAAAAAAUACUGAACUGAUUUUCGAAGAGUUUGAUGGGUAUAUCGGUAAUUUACUGAAUGUAAAUAAAAAUGAGGAAUUAGAUUUAUCCAAGUGGAUCGUCCGAAUCUUGUCUGAAUUAUCUUCCCGUACAACUACUGGUAGACCUGCAUACACUUUAUCUUCUUAUUAUAAUCGUCUUUCGUCAAAGAAUUCAAAGAUCAGUCCAGUUGAGGAAUUAAUAAACAGAAUUCGAAUUUGGCUAGUAACUUCCCAAUUUGUUUAUUUUUUACCGAAAUAUCUAAGAUAUUGCCCACCGUUUUAUUACUUUCAAUGGAAACAUGAGAAAAAUAUUCAAUGGUUGAAUAAUUAUUUAACCGAUCUUAUAGUUAAUAGAAGAAAAGAAAUUGCAAAUAUUCCUAAAGAUCAAGUUUUAAAUCUUGAUAUUUUAACUUUAUUAAUCUGUGCAAACACGGAAAGGGGUCCUCAAUUUAAUAAACCGGGUGAUGAACCUGACGAACCCAUGGGUGAUGAUGAUAUUAAACAAAAUUUGUAUGAUGUUAUUAUUGCUAGCAUUGAUUCGUCUUCCCAUACCGCUUUGAUUGCACUAUAUCACAUCUGUAAAUAUCCUGAUAUAAAAUCAAAAGUUUAUGAAGAAGUCGAUCGGGUUUUGGGCAAUGAUAGAUCCAGUCCAAUGAAAUACGAAGAUUUAGAAAAGUUGACUUACAUCGAAGCUUGUAUUAGUGAAUCUAUGCGCAUGUUGCCAACGGUCCCAGUAAUCUUUAAACAAGCAAAUAAUGAUGACAAUCUCGGCGAUUUUAAAAUUAAAGGUGGUCAAGAAUUCUUUAUCAAUUAUCAUUAUGUUCAUCAUGAUGAAACUUAUUGGCCUGAUCCAGAGUCAUUUAAACCUGAACGUUUCCUUGAUAAUAACAAUAUUGAUAAAAUUAGUUAUAUGCCAUUUGGUGGUGGAAUUAGGAUAUGUCCUGGACGUCAAAUGGGUCUAAAUUCCGCUAAAACUUUAAUCGCUUUAAUUUUUAAAAAUUAUACAGUUAAUUUAGUUGAACCAGAUGCUCCAUUAAAGAAAAGCUACAUUUGGUCAAAUGAAUGUGACGAAUUAAAAGUUUAUCUUAGACCAAGAAAUAAUUAA